AUGGAGUUUGCAACAAAUGAUACUUCGAAGCGUCAUCAGCCAUAUGACGCGCUGCACAAUGUCGUUGAUGGCUCCGAUUCGAGCACAGAGGUCGGUGAUGAGUGGGACACAGAAAAUGCCACUCAGCCUCGGCGGAGAAGGAAAACGGUGUGGAGGUGGGUGAGGAGGUACCGGUGGAUGGUCGACACUACACUUUUGUUGGUCGUUGUAGGACUCCUGGCUGAGAAGCGGUGGCAAAAAUACGAGAGGGGCCAUCUCUACGAGCUUGCUGGUGACAUUACUGGGUUUGCGCCAACAUUUGGCCAGCAGAUUGUUAGUUUCAAGCCCAAUACUGUGUUUGCUCCGGAGGAGCCGACGGACUUUUGGAGCAAGGAGACGCAGCAUGCAUGGCUGAGCAUCGUUCCAGAGGGCCUUGGCUAUGUCGAAGUAAAGAAUGCGUCGGAAUACUCCAACCUACCGCAUCCAGUCCAUGAUUACCCCAAUCGGACAGUAUUCACUACGUCGGUUACGCAUCAGUUACACUGCCUGUACACGAUACUUGAAGCGUAUAACACCAUGAAGCUUACCGUUGCCUCACCGGCAUCGGCAGACCCUAUCAAAAAGCCAUGGCACAUCAACCACUGUUUUGAGUAUAUUAGACAGGCGAUCAUGUGUGCGGGAGAUGUAGCGCUCGAGGGAGCGGCGACGAGCUUUCCAGGCGACGAGCAUGGGCAGGACUUAGGAGGGAGUGACGGAUGGGACGCCAAACACGUGUGCAAAGACUAUGGGCAGGUGUACGAGUACCUGGAGAGGGAGACGAUCAAUCACAUGAAGUGGAUCUCGUCGGGUUAA